UCUAGCUGGCCCGGCGUGACACUAACCCCUUCCUCUCUUCUCAGGGAGCCCGAGGACCAUGGACGGCGACGAGGGCCAAGACCUGUCCCAAGUUUCAGGGAAGGAGAGCCCGCCAGUGAGCGACACCCCGGAGGACAGCGACGAGCCCAUGCCGGUCCCCGAAGACCUGUCCACCACGUCCGGAGGCCAGCAGGGCGCCAAGGCCGACAGGGGCGCGGUUUCUUAUGGGGCCGACGGCUUUAGGGAUUUCCAUGCAAUAGUCCCCAAUUCUUUCUCUCGUAAGUAUAUGCUUUGCUUCUCAGUAAACAUGGACAUGUGUGUUCGUUUCACGCUCCGUUCCCAUCGUGUGGGUCCUGUGCGUGUGCUCCUCAUCGCCUUUUGCAUGUUGUCAAUGUGAGAUCAAUGCAACGUU